GACACCCCUAUUUCCACUACGACAACGAACUCCCAGUUCUCCUUUUACCCCCAAAUUAAAGGAGAUGUUUACAAGUAAAAGCAACGUCGUAGUAGAGGCAUGGAACACAACCACAACGCAAACGCAGGUGCAGACCCCCCACAGACCGUCACUGAUACACCCAACUUUUUAUUGGAGUUAUAACUGCGAAGUGCUUUUCCAUGGAUGGCCUGGCUCUAGCCGUUCGAUGUAUGCUCUUGCGCUUAUAUUUGUCUUCUCUUUGGCGUUCUUAGCUGAGUGGUUUACCCGGUGCUCUGACGCUGCGGCUUCCAUCAAACCGGAGGCUGAUAAGGUUGCUAAGGUGGCCUUUCGUACGGGUAUGUAUGCGGUCAAGUCUGGCUUCAGCUACCUUGUGAUCCUAGCCGUUGUUUCGUUCAAUGGUGGUGUUUUCAUCUCAGCUAUUUUGGGGCAUGCUUUUGGCUUUGUCGUUUUUCGUGGCCGGGCGUUUCGGAAUGUGGGUCGGGUUGACGGGUAAGAAUCCCGCAUUUUUUGGGUUUUAACCUAACCCAACGAGAACUGAAGUCAUUUGUUUCUUUAUUUAUUUGAUUUGAUUUGUGUGUUCUUUCGAAUGAAUGAAAGAAGAGAGUUGUUUAUGAUACAACGUUGAAUUUGGUGAGUGGCCCGUUUGUUAUUUGGUUUUCAUUUGAUUUAUUUUGUGAUAACUUCAACGAAUUAUACAAAAGUCAAUAAUACUCUUUCAGCGGUC